AUGGUUCUUGUGCAUGCUGCUGAAAAAUCCAAUCAGAGUGAUCAUACUCGAGCCUCCAGGGUGAGACAGCAUGCCCACUGUGAUUCCUGCUACAGUCGGCGCUGCAGGGCUCAGGUGGAGGUCUCAGUUUGCUGCGCUGUCAUCCCCUGCCGCCUGCUCUGUGGAGCUGUCUUCCACCUGUGCAAAGAGGAGGACCACCUGCUGCUCUGCCCCAACGUGAGGGUGCCCUGCCUCAACGCUGGGUUCGGCUGCCCGCUCCACAUGCCUCGCUCCUCACAGGCAGCUCACCUCCAGGUGUGCCCUGCCAGCCUGGUGUGUUGCUCCAUGGAGUGGAACCGCUGGCCGGCCAAUGACGCCCACUCUUAUCCGAACACGGAGCUGCAUGAAAACCUUAUCAGGGAAAGGGAGCAGGGCGGAUGUCUGGACCUGGCCAUGGCCCUGAAAGACCAGGACCUGCUAUUUCACUCCAUGAAGAUGAAGAAUUUGUUCCCAGAGCUGACCCAGAGUGUGGAUGAGGUGGAGAAAGAGGAAGAGAAGAGGAAGAGGAAGGGGAAGCAGAAGCAGAAGAAGGAGGCAGCAGAAAAGGCCGCAAUGGAGGCUCUCAAUCUCAAAAGUUCUCAAUCCUUGGAGCCUUUUCACGCGCUUGUCAUGAACAACAACGGUGAAAUAAAAUAUGAGAAUGAAGAUGAGGUUGAGCUUACUCAGGAGGAGAGACUCUGGACUAUGGACUCAACAGUUGAUGCUGAUCUCUUAGAAAACUACAACGCCUGGGAGCGAAUGUUCAGUAAGGACAUGGGUGGCUGCAGGGAAGCAGGAAAGGCAGCCAAAGACCAGAGUCGUUCUGCAGGGAGAGGAACAGGUCUAGGGACUCUAACAGAGGAAGACACAGAGGAUAACUGUGGGGGUGCAGCAGCCUCGAACACGUGCACACAGGGGAGCAGUGCAUGCAUUGCUUCCAACUCCUCUUCUAGUCUCGCUGGCAAACUGAAGCAAAAGGAAUUUGUUUACGGAUAUGUGGAGCCCAUGAAGAUUAUCACUGUGCGGACCUUUAAAACGCCAACCAGCUUCUCUGCAAAGCAUUCCCGCAUCCGCAACCCUGGCUUCUACAAGAGGGAGAAAAAAGCUGUGGACACCAGCGACCUGGGGGUGUCCCUGCAGGAGAUGCCAGUGUGGGAGGAAGUUCAGGCCUCUCUGCUGUGCUCCCUGGAGAAGGAGCAGAGGGGUCACCUCAUCGCAGAGAGCAGGUGCAUGGACGGUCUGUUACAGGACGAGGGAACGCAGACUUACAACUUCCUGUCUGCCCCGUUCCUGAGAAACACAUCGCUGGCAGAUCUGACUGCUGCUAAACCUCUGGAGCUGCACCUCCAGCUGCAGGUGGAGAGCGUCACCAGCCGGCACCACAAGGCCAGCUCCGCCUUCACCUUCCUCUGCGGACACAACUUCAAACGCAGAGAAUAUGGCAAACAUUAUAAGAACGUCCACAGUGACAUUCAGAUGUGUGUGAAUGGAUGGUUCGAGCAGAGAUGCCCCCUAUCAUACCUGGGAUGCACCUAUAGCCAGAAGAGGUUUCAGCCGUCCACACAUGAAGCCACCGUCUCCUACAACGAGGACAUCGGCUGCUAUAGCCUGAAUCCCACCACCCCCUCCUCUCUGGGUGACACCUCCACGUCCAGGAGUUCGGAGGACUCCUCCACCACUCAGAGGAAGAGAGGUCGGAGAGGAGGAGGGGAGGACUCUCUGAGCUCGCUGCCCUACGAGGUGUUGUGCCACAUGGCCAGUUUCCUGGACAGUCUGUCUCUGUCCCAGCUGGCUCUGGUGUCCCAGCUGAUGAGGCAGGUGAGCUCCUCUCUGCUGCAGCAGAGAGGCAUGGUCACCCUCCGCUGGGAGAAGAAGACAUACUCACAUGGAGGAGCCAAGUGGAGGGUGACGGAGACGGUCUGGCAGUUCAGCACUUUGUUCAGUCCUGUCGACUCCUGGUGCUUCCAAAACGUGCCGCCCAUGUCCGAGCACCUGAAGGUUUGCCCCUGCUAUGAGAGAGAGUCACGGACAGAGAAGAUCCACCUGCCGCGCGUCAAAGAAGAAGUCCAAACCAAGACAGGCUGCAAAGGUCCCUCUCUGGUUAGCUUACUCCAAAAGACGAUGAUGAUGUAGUGCCAUUUUAAUGUAUUUGUAUAAAACAGGGCCAUUCCUUUCUGUUAAUUUCUCUCCCGCCUAUGCACCA